CUGUUGAGACUGCACCAGUAAUGCAUUCGUGAUAUUUUCUCAACUUGAAAAAGACUCUCUACUGAGACUUGAGUCUAACAAAACCGAGCCGUUGUGUACGUAAUGAAGUCUACACGGAACUUUUUUAUUUUUCACUGGGUUAUCCUACACAAACUCGUUCGUUUGAUUUCCAACAAUUGACAUUGUCAUUCUAGUCAAAUUUUUUGUACAACUCGUGCUUUGUGCUAUAAAAUUUUUGUUCAGAAAAGAGCUCAUAAAAAUUUAUUGUGAAAUUGUAAAUCUACUUUAACUAAACUUCCGCUUCUCUCUCGUGUGCUCAAGAGCUGCACUUCUCUCUGAGCCAUGCAACAGACAGCGUCUGGCAGCAAAAACACCAUGGGCGACAUACAGCUUUGCGCCAACACUGUCGUGGACAAAGCCAUCAACGACGCGAUCGCUUGGAUAGUGUCCGAUCCUGCAGAGCAGUUCCUCUACAAGUAUCCGCGGGAGUGCGAGGUACAAGCAAACAAUCGUUUGAAGCUUACACCAGCUGUCACUGAAAGCGCUUCCACUUCGGCGAAGGAGCGGCAGAGCUGUAUACGCGCUGUUACCGAAACCAAUGCGAAUAAGCGCAUUGAUUGGUUCCGCAUUGACGAGUUCUCACUGCAUCAGUUGGUCCAGCUGGUCCACGACUACCUGAGCAUGUGGCGCCUCACGCCUAACACAAAGUAUCAGGUGCAUUUGGAAAAGGAUGCGGUGAGUGAGCUGCCACAGGGCCGCACAUAUUGUCUAAGUGCGUACUUUUCACGUCACCUGCAACCCGAGCUGGAGCAGCGCAGACCGCUGGCGAUGACCAGGGUUAAUUUUAAGGUGCACGUAUCACGUUUGCUGCCUCAAUUCUACCCGAUCAUGAUGACAUAUCGCUUUGAGAAUUCUAAUGCAGACUAUUAUGCGAUUGGCAGACGACGUUUGCGACAUUUGGAUUUUCAGCGUUUCUUUAUAGAUAUGGCGUUGGAGACGAAGUUGGGCUUUUAUGCGCAGAUCUUAAAAACGCUCACAUUCGGCAACGUGCAGAAGAAGAGCAAAAGCGCAGAUAAACAUAAGGCGGAGCGGGAGCGCGGUAAGGAAUUAAAAUCGGCAGUCACCACCUUAUGCAUUUGCGCAGCUGAAGACAGUGAGAAUGGACUGACAGAAGGUAACAACGAAAGAGUGAAUGAAUCAGACUAAUGUGAGAGCUUACAUAAUGACAAUCCGUGUUUAUCUAUGAACUUUUGUGCGUGAAAAUAAAUGGAUGGAGGGUGAGCUGACUAGAAUGAAACAUGAAAUUAAAUUUCCAAUAACUGAGCAGAAGAACGGAGGAGACGAACAAGCGGCUUUUGCAUGAGGUAUACUCAAAACAAGUUAAGAUCUUAUAUGUACGACAUAGACUGGACCUCAAAAGAGACAUUACAAAAAGUUUCGAUAAGUUUUACGGACCAGUACACCUGGCUUAACGCAAAUUGAAAUUUAAAUCCAAAUAAAAUAAAAAACGUAUUCGAAACAUCUCAAGCAAUA